AUGCGUUCCCAGACUUUCCUCAUCGCCGCUCUGGCCGUCACUGCCAACGCCCACGGCAUGGUCAAGUCCAUCGAGGGAGCCAACGGUGUCAGCAUGCCUGGCCUGUCUGUUGCGGACGGCACGCCCCGUGACUGCUCAUCCAACGGCUGCGGCUCUCAGGCCGAUACGGCCAUCAUCAGGGACCGCGAGAUCAGCUCCGGCGAGGUUGGCCCUCUUGGCCGUACUCAGGGCAAUGGCCCCAUCAAGGCCGAGACCAUGAUUGCCAACUUCAUGGGUGGCGGUACCGCCCCCAAGAACAACGGCGCGGCCUCUUCUGUCGGCCAGGAAGACAACAUCCCCCAGAACCAGCAGGGUGCACGUGGUGGCAGGAACAACAACAACAAGCGCGCGAAGAACUGGGUCAGCCGUCAGCUGGGCGGUCUCUUCGGUGGCGGUGGUAACGCCGUUGAUGGCCCCCCCGAGACCAUGGUCGCUGCCUCUGCCGGCCAGGGUGCCUCCAGCGGUCUUCCUACGGCGUCCGACAAGCGGUGCUGUCACCAUGACCUUCCGCCAGAUCAACCAGGACGGUGCUGGUCCGCUGACGGCCCGAUAUUGACGGCACCUCUGGCGGCACUGACGCCGCCGCUUUCCAGUCUGCCGAGGUUAGCACUGACGUUCCCGGCCUGCCCUUUGGCAACCAGGGCCUGUCUCUGGCCACCAACUCUGAGUUCCCCCUCGUGGUUCAGAUGCCCGCUGGCAUGA